UUAGAGGAGAUGGAGGGAAUUCAGCACAGAACAGUGGAAGUGAACGGCAUCAAAAUGCAUGUUGCCGAGAAAGGAGAAGGUCCCGUGGUGUUGUUCCUCCAUGGCUUCCCGGAGCUCUGGUACUCCUGGCGCCACCAGAUCCUCUCCCUCAGCUCCCGAGGUUAUCGCGCCGUCGCCCCUGACCUCCGUGGCUACGGCGACACCGACGCCCCUCCUUCAGUCUCCGACUACACCGUCUUUCACAUGGUUGGUGACCUUAUUGCCCUUCUCGACUCUAUGGCCGUCGAUAAGGUCUUCCUUGUGGGCCAUGAUUGGGGAGCUCUCAUCGGUUGGUAUCUCUGUAUGUUUCGUCCAGAGCGAGUCAAGGCUUAUGUCUGCCUCAGCGUCCCCUUACUCCGCAGAAACCCCAAAGUGAAGACCCUCGAUGGCUUGCGUGCCUUAUAUGGUGACGACUAUUACAUGUGUCGAUUCCAGGAGCCGGGCAAGGCGGAGGCGGAGAUGGCCAAAGUUGGGGCUGAACAUGUAUUGAAGAACGUUUUGACGACUCGCAAAACGGGACCCCCCAUCUUCCCAAAGGGGGAAUAUGGAGUUGGAUUCAAUCCUGAUACUCCCCAGAACUUGCCGUCCUGGCUCUCUCAACAAGAUCUUGCUUAUUUUGUUUCUAAAUUCGAAAAGACAGGCUUCACUGGAGGCUUGAACUACUACAGAAAUAUCAACUUAAAUUGGGAGCUGACAGCGCCAUGGAGCGAGGCGCAAGUGAAAGUACCAGUGAAGUUCAUAACGGGUGAGUUGGAUAUGGUAUAUACUUCUAUGGGGGUUCAGGAUUAUAUUCGUGGUGGUGGAUUCAAGGAGCUUGUGCCAAAUUUGGAGGAAGUAAUUGUGCAGAAAGAUGUUGGUCACUUCAACAACCAAGAAGCUGCGGAGGAUAUUAGCAACCACAUUUAUGACUUCAUUAAGAAGUUCUGAUGUUAUUUAUGACUUUUUAUAUCUAGGAUAUCCAGAAUUUUCUUUAGGAUCAAUAUCGUCCUAAAAGUUUUAAAAAAGAAGAAAGUCACUCAGUCAAAAAUAUUAGUUGGCAACGAAAGUUUGUUUGUUUUUUUUUUUUUUAAUAAUUAGGGUGAAUUUGGCUCCCUUUUUUGACACUUCUAGGAGAGGGCGAUAUUAAUCUUAAAAAAACUUUUAAAUAUUUACAACUUAUGUGUGAAAGCUUUGAAAUAAAACUGUACCUUGAUCGGGCUUCGGCUCCCUUCUCUGCCCAAUAAAAAACAAAAACUGUCCCUUGAUCCUAUCUAAUAAAUAUACUUCCAUGAUAGAUCACCGUUUAUGUAGGUGUCAGUUCGUUAA